UGUUGGACAGCUGUUGUCACGAUGAAACUGCUAGCACCAAUCACCGCGAUUCUGGCGGCUGCAUCAGCCACCCAGGUGUACCAGCACCAGGCAGGGUUACAACAAGUGCAGCCGAUUGAGAGCUAUGCGCAUACGGCGGAGUUGUACCAGAAUGCGCAGGAGUUCCAGCAGCAGGGAUUGUAUUCCGGACAAUCACAUGGUUUCGACCAGCAAGAGUCCUAUCAAAGCAGACCCUCUGGAGAGAAGGCAGCCAGGAUCCUGCACCACAACAUGGAGAACGACGGCCACAACUACCAGUAUGCCUAUGAGACUGAAAAUGGUAUAAGACAACACGAGGUGGGUCAAACCAUCGACGGCACGAAGGCCCAAGGCGAGUACUCGUACACAGGAGACGACGGCCAAGUGUACGCUGUGAGCUACACAGCCGACGAGAACGGCUUCAGGGCGCAGGGGGCUCAUCUCCCCACUCCACCCCCAUUGCCUGAGGCUAUUGCGAAGUCGCUGGAGCAGAAUGCUAAGGAUGAAGCUAGCGGUGUAUUUGAUGAUGGCAAAUACAGACCCGAAGCAGACGACAGUUAUCACCAAGAACAACAGCAAUAUCAACAAAGUGACUUCGAUGCGCACUUCCAGCAGAACGUAGGCUAUGUGCCACCUCAAGUACAAAAUGCUCAGUUCCAGUACCUGAAGCAUUAG